UUUGCGAAUUUUGCUUAGAAUUCAUUUAUAUGCCUGAAAAAUGUUGGAGUGUUUUUAAUUUGUUAUUGCGACGAAGAAAAAUGGGUCCUAAUUUAUCCCAGUUAGAAAAGGAAUUAGGAGCUGGUCAGUGUGCCAUAAAUGAACAUUUCAUAGGGCUUGUCAAUUUUGGCAACACUUGUUAUUGUAAUUCGGUUUUACAAGCUCUAUAUUUUUGCAAGCCAUUCCGAGACAUGGUCCUGGCCUACAAGCAGCAAACAAAAAAUCAAAAGAGAGAAACUCUUUUGACCUGCCUAGCAGAUUUAUUUUAUACGAUCGCAAUGCAAAAGAGAAAAGUUGGAUCAAUACCUCCAAAAAAAUUCAUUCAAAAGUUGAGAAAGGAGAAUGGAGCUUUCGAUAAUUAUUUACAACACGAUGCUCACGAGUUUCUCAAUUACUUACUGAACACGAUAGCUGAUAUUCUUCAAGUUGAAAAGCAAAGUCAGCAAAAAGGUUCAAAACUAUCUAGCACCCUGCCUGUGCUACAGAGUGGUAGCAUCAACCCAUCAAAUACAAUGCCUAAAAGUGAACCUACGUGGAUCCACGAUAUCUUCCAAGGCACAUUCACAAGUGAAACAAGAUGUCUCAAUUGUGAAACUGUUCGAAGUCGAGAAGAAGAUUUUUUAGACUUGUCUAUAGAAGUUGAGCAGAACACUUCGAUCACUCACUGCCUACUGGCAUUCAGCAACACAGAGACUCUCGGUAGUGAGUGCAAGUAUUUUUGUGAGGUGUGUUGCAGCAAGCAGGAAGCUCAAAAAAGGAUGCGAGUGAAGAAGUUACCACAUGUUCUCGCACUUCAUCUCAAGCGAUUCAAGUUGGAACACCCGAACAGAUCAAUUAAGUUGUCAUACAGAGUGGUCUUUCCACUGGAACUUCGAUUAUUCAACACUUCUGAUGACGCCAGUGAUCCAGAUCGAAUGUACGAUUUGAUAUCUGUGGUCAUUCAUUGUGGUAGUGGUCUGUCCAGAGGUCAUUACAUCAGCAUUGUCAAGAGCCACGGACUAUGGCUUCUUUUCGAUGAUGACAUCGUAGAGAAAAUAGAAGCUUCUACGAUUGAAGAUUUCUUUGGGCUUCCUUCCGAUCUUCAAAAGACGUCGGAAUCUGGUUACAUACUUUUCUAUCAAUCUAGAGAAUGA